CCUACGAUGGUUACACUAAGAAAGCCGACUUCCGGCGUCGCGUUGUUUCGCGUAGUUUCGGCGACUGUAAGCACUAGCAAUGCGGCAAAAGUACUACAUCGAAGCGGCUGCUCGGGGUCUGGUGGAAAGCUGCCCGGGCCAGGCCCGCUACCUCCUCUGGGCCUACAGUUCGUCACACGAGGAAAACAGCACUUUUCAAGAAACAUGUCCAUACUGCUUCCAAUUGUUGGUUCUGAAUAACUCUAGAGUGCGCCUCAAACCCAAAGCCAAAUUGACACCUAAGAUACAGAAACUUCUUAAUCGAGAAGCAGGAAAUCAUGUACUCAGUUUUAAGGAAGCAAAACUGUUGAGAAAGUACAAGGACUCUGCAAGUGUGCUGCUGAUUACCUGUAGAACAUGCAACAGGACAGUGAAACACCAUGGUAAGAGUAGAAGCUUUCUGUCAGCAAUGAAGAGCAAUGCUGCCACUGCUACAAGCAAAGCCAACCCCAAGACACCAAAGAGAAAGGCUCCAGGCUUUACAAACCUCUCUCAAAAUAUGUCCGGUUCCAAAGGCAAGAGCCCCUCCUCAGUUAUCAGAACACCGGCGUCUGGACAGUCAACACCCAUUUGCUCCUCAAGGAACGGGAGCAAAAGAAAGAAACACUUCUCUCAACUAAAAACGCUGCUCAGUCAGAGCGCAUCUGAGAAGAGCCCAAAGCUGGACUUCAGGCACUUCUUAUCUUCCCUGUGAGAGUGGCUUUUGAAAACAAGAGCUGUCUAGUGUGGUUAACAGCUUCUGUCCUCACUUUGGGGUCUGAGCACAUGACAAUUAGGUCCAAAAGCAAGCUGUUCUUGGCAUCCUUCAGCACUUAUGGGAAAGUGUCUCAUUAAACAGUG